ACUCCGGCGACAGCCCGCGCCGCGACAUCACGCGACGAUGCGCGGCGACCGCGCCGCCCGUGACACGCGCCACAAUAAAGAUCACGAUAACUUAAAGUCUUCUCUCAAAAAAGGGAGCAAGACCAAAAAGCACAGGGUCGUUUUCGACGAGAGUGCUAAUGAGUUCUUCGAAGCCGAUUACAUUAUCGUAGUACGCGACGAGUGUGGUUAUUCUGACGAGGGUGAAGGCGAGGAAUGUUCAGGAUGUGGUGCUUGCGAGCGGUACCAGGAGCCAGAACCGGGGGCUUUGAGCCCCCCGGAGGGAUACAAAGAUAUGGGCUUGUUCAAUCGGGACGGUACUUUGCGCGAGCAAGCGUGGUGGGAAGCUGGCGAUGUGGUAUUGGUCGGCGAGCGGUCGGGCACUGUAUUCACGCCUCAGCACCUGCAGCUGCUGCGGCGGUUGCAGCGCGAGCGGAUGCUCCGGUCCACCAUCUGUGCAGAUUGCGACGCGCACGCCGCUCUACACCAGCCGCUCGAAAUGGAGUACAGUUACGAAGAGGAAGAGGGUAGUGAUGUGGACAGAGAGUUGCGACCGGUCGCACGUCGCACAGCCAAGCAUAUUGCGGCCGGCGAGGAGCGACCACGCAUCAACUCCAGCCAGCAGACCACUCCAACCGAAGGUAACUCAUGUAUAAGUUAUAGGCUUUCAUCAUACUUAUACAGGAUCGUGUAGAGAAUCGGCUACCACCAGGCUUAGUGUGAAUUGUAGGGUGUUAACAACGGCGGAAGUAGCUGGAAAAUAACUCUGUGCUAUGUCUUCAUGUGCUUCUUAAAGAACGCCAGGAACUCAAGAUUAUAAAUAAAUAAAUAAAUUUGUCUUGAUUUGUCUAGCUUUCGGGCGGGUCCGUGUCGAUGGAGACAAUCACACGCUAUAAGGAUACAGCAUAAAGCAUUUCAUUAAGUUGAAAAUAAAAUCAGAGAAACUAAUAGGGGAUUCUACUCUGUGUGAAAUAAUACUUGUUACUGUAUACUUUAAUUUAAAAAAGUAAUAAAUCAAAUAUUUCGGGUAAAUAAACAUAACACGAAAUCAAAAUUUAAACUAUUUUUAUACCUGCGAAAACGCAGUCAAUCAUAUUCAUGACGUCAUUGUAAUAUGUACACAAAAACUUAACUCUAAUAAUAUGUUAUUACAAGUUUAGUAACAAAUAAAUUUGUACUAAACUUAUAAUUAUUUUAGCUAUCUAAAUAAGGACCAACUACUAUUUACGCGACUGCGCGACGCAAAGGAGGGUAAUGUGUUUAUCAGUCUAUGUAUGUAUGUUUGCUUCUAUGUGGCGUUCUAGAGACCAAAUGCGUAGACCGAUUUUGAUGAUUCUUACGUCAAUUGAUUUGUCUUAACCUAAAGAGCGAGUCUCACUAAAGACAUGAUAGUAAUCAUAAUUCACCACAGCGACAACCAGACGCCAUAUUGUC